AUGUUAAUAUCAAUGAAUGUUCGAUCAAUAUUGGGUGAUUUGUAUGAUCAGUCUUUUGAUUCAUCAUGGUGUAUUUUUUCAGGAUAUUUAGCUUCUGUGAUGCUUGGUAUGUUGUACAUGACCUUUGUAAAUCAGGCAUUCUAUCGUCUAAUUCGAAUUGUUUAUUCUCAAAAUAGACGAUUUCAAUCUUUAAAAUUAUAUAUAAUGUUACCAGUUAUAGAAAUAAUAAUCCUAACAUGUAUUCUUCUAUGUGUUCUUAUACCUUUGAAUGGUGUAACAUAUUUACCAAAUGAUCACUUUUGUUGUCCAACAUUCACAAAUAUUCCUACUAUUCUUUCGACAGCAUUUGUUGCUUAUGUAUGUCCAUUUUGUUGUUUAAUAUUUAUUUAUAUGCGUAUAACAAGAUUUAUUCAUCAACAAGGAAAUAUUCAAACAUUAGUAAUCAAACAAAGACAAGCUCGAGAUUUGCUUAUUAUUCGACGUAUUUUAAUUAUUGUUAGUUUUUUACUUAUUCUUGGAAUACCUGGAAUGACUCUUAUAUUAAUGUUUGUAAUAACAGGUGAAGAGAAUCCACUACUUGUUCGAAUUACAUAUUUUCCAAUUAGCGUCUCCCAAGCAGGACUGAGUAUUGCAUUACUUUUUUCUAUUCCACAACUAAAAAAUAUUGUUCUAAACUUACGAAAGACAACCACAGUGACGCCUGCGAAUCAAGUCGUGCAAGGCACAAUACAAAUGAACACAAUUGCUGGUACUCAAUAA